ACAUUUUUCGUAUGAUAUUUGAUUUUUGUUGAGUCAUCGGAUUCAUCGAAUGACUUUUAUUAGGACGCAGGAAGUGUGUUGGUUCUUUCACAGUAAAAGACUCGUUUAACGUGUGGAGGACACCGAGACUCUAAACUGGCAGCAGGUUUAUAAAGGUGUGUGUUGUGGGUGUGGUCUCAGGUGUGUGUGUGUAUUGGGGGGGUUCAGUUAGUAGGUGUGCCCACCAGACUCCAUUCAGGUUUUAGUCCAAAAUACAAUAAACCUCCCCAUCAGGAGCGCACACACACACACACACACACACACACACUGAGACGCCCUGGAGGCAGACACACAAAGAGGCUCUGAGUCUUUUCACUCAACUGAAACCUGGUCCUCCUCAGCACCACACCCUGCACACACACACAGUUUUUGUCUUUCAUGGCGUCAACGGUCUGUUUCACAUCAGUCUGCAUCUUCAUUUUCAGCAGAUCUCCUUAAUCUCCUCCUCCUAUCUUCCAUUUCCUCCUCUUCCUCUGUUUCAGUUCCUCUUCUCUUCCUUCUUUAAGCUGCACAGAGACGUUAAUCAGGGCAUUGUGGGUAACGUAGUUUACAGCACAUUUUCUUCUUUAGAUGUAUUUUUAUGGUUUUAUUACAACCAAUCUGAGAGGUGUUCUGAAGAAUGCUGAGCCCCCCACGAGGCCCCGCCCCCACUGCUUCCUGCUUCCUCUCCAGACAGGAAGUGAAGGAUACGGCGGUGUUGUUUCAGCGCGUGUGUGUGUGUGUGUGUGUGAGAGAGACAUUAAGAGCUUCAUCUGAAGCACUUUGCUCUCGGUGUUAAACACCAACAGAAAGUUUUGUCGGCACAAAACGCCAUUUUGUUGUGACAAAAUCACAGAGGAGACGAGGGAGAGAGGAAAGGAGACGAGAGAGGGAGGAAGGGGUUAGAGAUGGCGAGGAAGACUGGGGAAGGUUAGGAGGAAACAAAUGGAGAGAGGGACAGAAGGAGGGAGGAAAGGACGUGUAGAGGAAGGGUAGUAAAAAAAUAAGGCAACAGAGUGCUGAAGGAGAUAGGGAGGAAGGAAAGGAGUCAAUUGAAGGAGAGGGCAAAGGGAGAGCAGGAGAGAAAAGGAAAGGUAAAGGGCAUAUGGAGGAAGGAAACAAGGAAAGGAACGAGGGGAGGAAGCUGUCAUGAAGUUUUGAUGUUGAGUGUCAAGUUUUCUGAACUGGUUCAAACUGGAAAAAGUUUGUCUCCUCUGCAACAGCUGUUAAGAUUGCACACACACACACACACACACACACACAGCUGUGAGGUGGGAGGGUCACAGGCAGCGAGGCCUCUGAUUGGUCCAAAGUGUGGCCUUAUACCUCAGAGAAAAGAAAAGUUUGUGGCAGAAAGAAAUGAGCAGCUGGAAAGAAAAGGAGGGAGAGAAGGAGGUGAAAUAAGGAGAGAAGGAAAGAAAUUAAGUAAGGAAGGAUACAAAUGAAGGCGAUAAAAGAGGUUGCAAGGAGAAAAGAGGUGGAAUGGAGGAGGAGAAGAGAUAAGGGGACAGGUGGAAAGCCAGCAGGAGGAGAAGAGGACAGAGGUGUGUGAGCAGUGGUCGCAGUCACACACACAACAAACCCCGCCCCCUUCCUCCCGCACCGCGCCCCCCCCGCCCCCCCACCAGAGCGACGCGAGUGUUGCUUUGCGAGACGGCAGACAUGGAGCGCUGCACCGAGGAGCAGACGCGGGAGGAGGUGAAAGUGGAGGAGUCAGAGGAGAAGACGCACAAUGACCUCAAAGCCAUGAACAGAGUAAAGGAGGAGGCGAGCGGAGGGGAGACGCUACACAACGGAGAUCGAGGAGGAAUCAUGGGAGCAGAUGGAGGAGGAGACUUGUCCUCCAUCAACGCCAUGAUGUCAGCUGUGAUGUCGGCGACGGGGACCAUCAACGGCGGAGACGGAAGAAGAGAGAGUGGAGUCCCCUCGGCCAACUCCUCCGCCGGGCCGUCGCCCAGCCCCUCCCCAACAAAGUCGCUCACUGGGGCCAUGAGAGCCCCGCCCGGCCGCAACGCCCGGCGCACACAGGACACCAAAGACGAAAGCUCAGCUUUUAUUUGUCCGCUAUGUGACAAGGACUGUCAAACACAACACCAGCUCACUAUGCACAUCAGACAGCACAACACUGACGCCGGAGCGACGGACCACUCCUGCAGCAUCUGUGGGAAGUGCCUGAGCUCGGCCUCCUCUCUGGACCGACACAUGCUGGUCCACAGCGGGGAGAGGCCCUACAAGUGCAACGUCUGUGGGCAGACCUUCACCACCAACGGCAACAUGCACAGACACAUGAAGAUCCAUGAAAAGGACCCUGCCAGCGGCCUGCCUGCCCUCAGCCCCCCGUCCCCCAACAAGCGCCGCCGUCCCUCCGCCAAGAGGAGGCAGAGUCCAGAGGAGGAGACGGGGGAGGAGCCCCCCAGCAAGAAGAUGGUGGAGGAGGCGACUGCGGUGGAGGCCGUGGCCGGAGUCCGAGGAGUUGAGGAGGAGCUGCUGCCGUGUCCCAUCUGCUUCAAGACGUGCAACUCUAGGCUGGAGCUGGACACACACAUGGACACACACCCUGACAUAGCACUGAGGUGUGACCUCUGCUGUCUGUCCUUCCGGACUCACCGGGGGCUGUUGCGUCACAACGCGGCAGUGCACGACGUCCUCCCCCAGGACCCGAGCGGGCGCCCCUUCAUCCAGAGCAACCCCUCCAUCCCCACCGGCUUCAACGACCUGGCCUUCAUCGACUUCUCCUGCAAGAAGUUCGCUCACAUCGCACAGGUCUGGUGUGAGACAAACCUCCGGCGCUGCAUCAGCAAGUUCCACCGGUUUGUCUGCGACUGCUGUGACCGAGCCUUUCCCCUCCGCUCGGCCCUGGACCUCCACAAGAGCACCUCCCACUCCGCCUCCAUCACACAGCAGGAGGAGGAGGAGCAGGAGGAGGGGGGCAAAGAGCAGCAGAAGGAGAAUGGCGGCGCUGCAGAAGACGCCGUCGACAGUCUGAGUCUCAAGGAAGAAGUCCCGCCCCCGCAGCAGGACGACUUCCUGGAGGCGCUCGGUCUCCGCCACGUUUCCAAGGUGAAGUCCGGACCCACGGACGACGAGAUCCACCAGGCGCACCUGGACAGCAUCAAGGUGAUCCACGUGGAGCCGCCCUCCUCCAGCCUGCCCCAGGAGCCCGCCUCCGCCUACCUGACCGGGGGCCUGACCCUCGGGGGCCUGGCGGGCUCCGCCGCCCUGCAGGGCCUCUCGCAGAGGGACGCCAUGAGCCUGCUCUCCCUGCAGCCCUUCCAGACGGGCUUCCUGCUGCACCCCGACGGCGGGGGGGCCGCGACCGCCGCCUCGUCCGGGUUCAAGCCCGGGGAAGUGGGCGGGGCCAUGGAGCUGGCCAACAUCCAGCAGAUCCUCAACGUAGCGAGCGCGGCGGGUCAGAUGGGGCUGACGCUGCCGCCUCUGGCCAAAGCCCCCGGGUUCCCUGGAGGUCAAGGGCAAGCCCAGGCUCAGAAGUCAAUGCCCCCGUUGAAGCCUAAACCCCCCAUCACCCCCCGCUCCAGCCUCACGGCGACGACGCCCCCCCCCCUCCAGAGCUCCCAGCAUGCCUCACUGGGCUGCAUCAGCCCCAGCCUGCCGCCCCCCAACCCGACUCUCUUCAAAACGCCCUCCUCCUCCUCGUCCUCCUCCUCGUCCUCCUCUUCGGCCGGGACCGGAGGGCAGCUGGACGCCGAGUGCGACUCGCCGCCGGCCUCCAGCGCAGCGGUGCACGAGGAGGCGGGGCUUAGCGGGAGGAAGCCGGGCACUAAGGGCGGCUCGGCCAAAGGCUCGUUCCCGUGCCGGUUCUGCGACCAGGUGUUCUCCUUCUCCGGCGUGCUGCAGGCUCACAUGCGCUUCCACCUCGGCAUCCUGCCGCACCAGUGCAACAUCUGCGACUACGUGGCGCCCGACAAGGCCACGCUGAUCCGCCACCUGCGGACGCACAGCGGCGAGCGGCCCUACGUCUGCCGCGUGUGCCACUACCCCUUCACCGUGAAGGCCAACUGCGAGCGCCACCUCAGGAAGAAGCACGCCAAGACCUCCAGGAAGGAGAUCGAGAAGAACAUCAAGUACAUCACCUCCACCAUCACGGCCAACCUCGCCUCCACCCAGGACACGGAGACGGGCUGCGCCGGGGCCGAGACCACGUGCCGCUUCUGCGGCGAGGACCUGAAGAACUACCGGGCGCUGCAGAUCCACCUGCGCACGCACAACGGCUGCCAGAGGAAGCCCUUCGAGUGCCGGCGCUGCGGCGCCGCUUUCCUGGCCAAGCGCAACUGCAUCCACCACCUGCUGAAGCAGCACCCCGAGGUGCAGGAGCGGGAGAUCGAGGACCACAUCGCCACACUGCUGCCCGCCUCCGCCUCCGCCCGGGCGCCUCCGGCCAAUCAGACCAACGGGAUGGGUCAGGCGCUGCACGCCGUGAAGCUGGAGGAGCUCGCCAACGCCGUCUACGCAGCCGAACUGGACCAGCCGCUGGACUUCUCCGCCAAGAGGCGCGGCGGAGGCGGCGCCGGGACUCCCGGUAGCGGCAGCAGCGGCGGCGGGCGCAGCCUGGCGGGGUCACCGGGGGUCAAACUGGAGAGCGUCUCCCCCAGCUUCGACUGCCGCGCGCUGGACCAGCCCAUCGACCUGUCCGUCCCCAGCAAGAGGCCGAGGAGGGACAUCAAGGUGGAGCCCAGCGGCGCCAGCAUCGUGGAGCUGCAGGUUCUCGCUCCGCCCAAGGAGGACGCGGCGGCCCUGCCUCCGCUGCACCCCCACCCCCAGCUGGGCUGCUACCAGCUCCCCCCCGGAUCCACCCCUCCCCCGGCCUCCCUCGCCAACGCCACCCGGGCCGCGCGCCUCAAGCCGCUGCUCCCCAAGCCGGCCUCCACCUCGCCCUCCGCCCUCAAGGAGCUCCCCCCUCUGGCCUCCAUCGCUCAGAUCAUCAGCUCCGUCUCCGGGGCGCCGGACCUGCUGAAGAGGGAGGAGCCAAAGCCGCCGGCCGUCACUUCCUGUCCGGCCAACGCAGCCGCUGAGGCCCCGGCGCCGCCGGCUGGCGUGGAGCCGCAGAGCGAGGAGACGCCUGAGGGACCCGCCAGGAAGCGCUCCAGGAAGAAGGCGGCCGUGAAGGAGAAGGCCAUCGACCUGGAGUCCAGCGGCGAGUUCGCCAGCGUGGAGAAGAUGCUCGCCACCACCGACGCCAACAAGUUCAGCACCUACCUGCAGACCGGCGCUGUGGAGCUGGGGGGCAGGAGAGACGUAGACCGACCCGGAAGAGGCGAGGAGGAGAAGGAGGGAGGAGCAAGGGAGGAGGUGAAGCCGGCCUCCGUGGGGCCGCAGUCCAAAGGGAAGAAGAACGCGUACUCCAACUCGGUGCAGAAGAUGACCUGCCCCUUCUGCCCCCGGGUGUUCCCCUGGGCCAGCUCGCUGCAGAGACACAUGCUGACGCACACAGGUCAGAAACCGUUCCCGUGUCCCAAGUGCGACGCCUUCUUCUCCACCAAAUCCAACUGUGAGCGCCACCUGCUGAGGAAGCACGGCGUGACGCACCGCACGCUGCGGCGCAACGGCGCCCUCGGCAAGAAGGACGGGGACGAGGGAUCCCACGAGAGCGCAGAGAGCCAGUCGGAAACGGAGCAGAUGGCUCCAGAAGCUCAAGACCUCAGCAGCGUGAACACCUCCACAGACUCAGGCUCCGCCCCCACGCCAGAGAGCCCCGCCCCCUCGGACCAACAGGACGGGGAUUCGGUGCAGUCGAGCCCCGCCCACAAAGCCAGCCGCAGUUGCAGCCCGAGUGCAGAGCAGCUGGAGUCAGACGCCACGGAGCAGCAGGGGGCGCCAGAGGCUGGAGGGUCAUCUGGACCCCAGCCUCCACAGAGCAGCAAGGUGGAUAUGGUCGUCGACGAUGACGAUUGCCAUAGCAACAAGAGUCUGGACCUGAACUUUGGCAAAAAGCUAAUUGACUUCAAGCUCUCUGCCUCCUCGGGGCCGGCUCAGGAGGAGCAAGGCCCCCAACCCGCGCCCUCCUCCUCAUGUGCUCCUCAAGUCGCGUUGGAGAGCCAGGAGAAGGAGCAAGGAGCCAGCUCCUCCUCCUCCUCCUCGUUGUCUGGCAGCCCGGCGUUGAAGCAGCAGCCGGAGUACAAACACGUGUGCCGCGUGUGCAGGAAGAGCUUCCGCUACGCCACCACGCUCGCUCGCCACGAGAGGGCGCACCUCUCCGAGGAGACGCAGCCAGCGACGCCGCAGGAGGAGGAGAACCCGCCGGCGAAAGAGGAGUCGACGGACGGCGAUGCGGGUCAACCAGCGGAGGAGAAAGAGGAGAUGGAAGAAGCAGGAGGGGAGAGCGAAAGAGGGGAGAGCGGGGAGUCAGAGGAGGAAGAGGAAGAGGAGGAGGAGGAGAAGAAGGAGGAGGAGGAGGAGAGGAGCGACGAGGAGGCGUCGGAACCAAAGAGUUUAGAAGGAGGAGAGGCAUCAGGGAGGCGGCUGGACAAGAGGAAGAAGAUCUGUAACGUCUGUGGAAAGCGAUUCUGGUCUCUGCAGGAUUUAACCAGACACAUGAGGUCCCACACAGGUGAGCGGCCCUACAAGUGUCAGACCUGCGAGCGGACCUUCACCCUGAAGCACAGCCUGGUCCGGCACCAGAGGAUCCACCUGAAGCCGCGCGCCGCCGACGACGCCAGCGAGGACGGAGACUCCUGCGCGCCGACCCCGCCCUCCACCUGCCCCCCCUCGGACAACGAGAGCGAGUGUGGUAGCGCCAACAAGGCGCUGGAGGGGGGGGAGGGAGCGGACGACGAGGAGGAGGAGGAAGAAAACCCUGAAAAACCAGCCGGUGCAGAUUCCGAGCCGCCAGCAAGCGAGACCUCUGAGGACCGUCCGCGCCCCCCCGCCGACCCGACCCCCGCCCAACAAGCUACUGACACAAAGACAACUACUACGCCCGACUCCGUCUCCAAAGACCCCCCCUCGUCCUCCUCCAGCCCUCCUCCACCAGACCUCAUCCAAGGGCUGCUGGAGAUCCACACCAAGCCCCCCCUCCUGGAGCCCGUCCUGCCCAACGUAGAGCCCCCUCUGGUGGGGGCGGACUGAGGGACCCCCCCCCUCAACACAGUGCCAUACGGCGGAGAGACGCUACACCCGGCGAUGCAGAAUGAUGAGAGCAUCCUUGUUCACAAGUGCCUUACUACUACCCCCCCCCCCCCCCGCCCCCCAGGAGGACGGAUCCUUUUUAGCUUUUUACCAACACGAUUUGCAUUAUUAUUUCUUCUCCCGUGCGCGGUAAUCUAUAAUAAAAUAAAGUAUCACGUUAUGAUUUAUUGUUUUGUUUGAGGAUUUAUGGAGUUUAUUUCUGUAACUGAAUCACGGCAGACUGACCAGUGAUGGGGGGGGAACUUAUGAGGGGGGGUGGGGGCUCUUUUUUUUGUCUGCGACCCACCGGACGUUUUUAGAUACUUUUUUUUUUUUUGCAUAAAAAGUAACUGGUUGAGACCCAGUUACAUCAGCAACGUGACGACC